AUGAACAGAGAUCUGUGUCCCCAACCAAGUUUUGUAGAUACCAUUAAGCGGGCCAUGAUACCUCCAAAUGUAGGAGUGCGAAAGUAUCGUAGUGGAGAUGCCGAUAUAAGAUAUUAUUACGUCGGGUAUGCAAUCAAGUUCAAUUUCCCGACGUCUUUUGCUAUGACUACAUUGGGUUGGAGCGAGAUAGAAUACAGUGCCAAGUUUAUCAGGCAUAUAUUAUUAUGCCGAGGAUGCAAUCAAGUUCAAUUUGUCGACGUCUUUUGCCAUGACUAUGUUGAGUUGGAGCGUGAUAGAAUACAUCUAGCUGCAGAAAUGGAUGCGGCUCUAGCUUCCGCAUCAAUUGUUUUCAAGGACAACAAGAAGUACUCGGGAAAGCUCAUGCAUAGCGCCAAAACACUAUUUAAAUUUUCUCAAGAUGAGCUGAGAAAUAACGGUUUUGGCAUUGAAGGAGGAUGGAUAUGGCAUGAUUCACCAAAGCCUAAUCCAAAUAUCAUCAUUGGGGCCAUGGUUGCCGGGCCUGACAAAAAUGAUGGACUUGACGAUCUUCGAGCUAAUUACAACUUCGUAGAACCAACACUAGCAGGAAAUGCCGGUCUAGUUGCGGCACUUGUUGCUUUGUCCGGUGACAAGUACAUGGGCAUUGACGAGGAUACAAUAAACUAUGCUCUGCCAUCUGGAUGGUUCCAAUACUCUGUCACCGCCGCCAUCACCACCAUCGUGGUAACCUGA